AUGGAUACAUGGAGAGCCAUGAUUUCCAGGACCACGUCGCCGAUUGUCACCGCUUCUCAUGUUGUCAAGGUCCCAAAGAACUUUCUCAUAUUUCGCUCACUGCAGCUUUCGCUGGCACUCCUCGUCUUGAGUCUCUCUAUAUACGGUUCUAUUAUCAUGACCACUCCUAUGGCCGGAUCGCUCUCCACAGUCAUUGUUGCGUCAUAUACGCUUGUCGCUACUUACGGAGAUAUGCCGAGGAUCUAUAACUACUGGCUCAUUCUCUCGUUGGAGGCCUUUGUCCUUGUCUUCUGGCUGCUGUCGAUCUCUUUCCUGGCUCUUCCAGUUGGCGCUGCUUUCUACUUCGUGAAUGGGGGUCAGGCUGGGCACUACAGCCGCUAUGAUAUCGGUUUUGUCGCUGACCCUGUAAUAAUCGCCUUUAUUGACCUCAUGAUGGUUUCGGUUGCUGCUGGAGUUAUUGAGUUCAUCCUCUACUUUAUAACCCUUGCUACAUUCAGUACGAUCGUCCACUAUCAUCGACUCGAACAUCGCCACUGCGCAUGUGUGCGUUCAGAGACAGGUCACGGUGAUAUAGAAAGCGACUCGAAAGCCCACAGUGAAAAGGCCCAGACAGAGCCCGAGCCAUUGAUGUUUUCUGGGGAUGAGGCCAGUCCAGAAAAUGGCAGUCUGGACCUAACCACCCCGGAGUCUACAACCCCUGAAGAAGUUGUCUAUCAAGAAGAGCAGCAGCAACAACACAGGGGCCAGCAAGAAGACUUGACAGCUUGA